AUGCCGUCUCAGUCGGAGCUCACAGAUAAUGAAGAUCCAAGUCCUCUACCGCCCAUCAUAUCGUGUAAUCCAAGAGUAAAACUAGAAGCCGAACAGGUAUCGUUGUCAAACUUUAAGUUACGUAAAGAAAGGGAUGCCAAACGACAAAUCUCCGAUCGGGAGCAUCAACGAGAUCCGAAUUAUCCGCUACGAAUAACUUGGCAUCCGACAAAAUUAUUAAUUGAAAUCAAUAAUUCCGUGAUCGUCCGUAAGCUGAGGAUAUGCAACGCCAGCUCUAGAUUGUUAUAUAUUAAAAGCGGUCGGUUUACGAACGAAGCCGGUCGUCUGGGUGCUGGCUGGUGCUGUUUGGAUCGCAACAGGUUCCUCCUGGCCCCGGGCAUCGUGGCAGAUAUUUCCAUCAAAGCGACCCCACGAGACUUCGCGCCGAUAGCAUCAGCUAAAAUGAGUUUACAGUUGACCGCGGCUCAUAUGAGAGACGUAGCUGUUGCCUACUUUGAGGUCCCAAUUAUUGUUAAGUUUCUUAAACACAUACCACCAGAGACGGAGGAAGAUGCUUGA